CAUGAGAGAUUCAACUUCCUACUGUUUUUGCUCUCUAGUUUGCCUUACUAUGUGCCUUGAGCUGCUUCAGUUGUUUGCAUUUGCUUCUGCUUCUACUAAUUUCACUUCUGAAGCAGAGGCGCUUCUCAUAUGGAGAGAUAGCCUUCAAAACCAAACACAUAAUAAUCCCAUCUCAUCCUGGACCUAUAAUCCCAGUAAUGCUACCAACUCUUCAAGCCUUUGCAACGGUGCUUGGAGUGGUAUUUCGUGCAACAAAGCUGGAAGCGUGACCAACAUAAGCCUUCCUGCUUUUGGUUUACAAGGUACGCUGCAUGAAUUUUUGUUCUCCUCCUUCCCUAAUCUCGAAUAUCUGGACCUCAGUGUCAAUCAACUCUUCGAUGCAAUCCCACCUCGGAUCAGUUCCCUCACCAAACUUGUGUAUCUUGAUCUAUCCAGUAACCAAUUCUCCGGGAGAAUCCCACUAGAAAUCGGUCUUUUAAGAAAUCUAUCCUUUCUUAGUCUCCACGAAAAUAAUCUUUUUGAUACUAUCCCUAAAGAAAUAGGAAACCUGAAAUCUCUUGUGGAGCUAUCACUGAGCUAUAAUCAACUCUCUGGUUCAAUUCCAACAUCACUAGGUGAUUUGGCAAACAUCACUCAUCUUUAUCUCCAACAUAAUAACCUUUCUGGCAACAUUCCUCCAACUUUUGGGAACUUCAAAAAGAUCGUUGUGUUAUACUUGUUUGCCAAUCAACUCUCUGGCCCACUCCCUCCAGAAAUGGGAUAUUUGAAGUCUUUAGAAGAUUUAAACUGUGUCAAAAAUAAUCUAAGUGGUUCUAUCCCAACAUCAUUUACUAACUUAACAAACCUUAGAUGGCUUUAUCUCGGUACAAACAAUCUAUCUGGACCUAUUCCUACAAAGAUUGGGAACUUGAAAUCUAUGAAGGGUAUAGAAUUUAGUCAGAAUCAACUAAAUGGUUCAAUUCCCAUUUCAUUUGGUGACCUGGCAAACCUUACAAAUCUCUACCUUCGUGAUAACCAGCUUUCUGGCUCCAUCCCCCAAGAGAUGGAGAAUCUUAAGAAGCUGUUCAUACUGCAUUUGGAUAAUAACCAAUUUUCUGGCUAUUUGCCCCAAUAUAUUGGCCAAGGUGGAUCACUUACAAACUUUUCAGUUGGCAACAACCAUUUGAUAGGUCCAAUUCCCAAAAGCUUGAAGACUAGCACAAAGUUAUUCAGAGUCCGACUUGAGGGAAACCAAUUGUCAAGCAAUCUAUCAGAAGCCUUUGGAAUCUAUCCAAAUCUUCGAUUUCUAGACCUGAGCAACAAUAACCUGUAUGGUGAAAUCUCAAGCAACUGGGGACAGUGCCCACAAUUGGCAACCUUACUAAUUGCGGGAAACAACUUAACUGGCAGUAUACCACCGGAGAUUGGAAAUGCAACCCAACUUCACCAGCUCGAUCUCUCUUCUAACGGUCUAGUUGGGAUGAUUCCAAACGAAAUUGGAAGAUUGACUUCUUUGGUGAAGCUGAAUUUAGAUGGCAAUCAACUAUCAGGUAGUGUACCAUCAGAAUUUGGAUCACUGACUAAUCUUGAAUAUCUUGAUCUAUCCAGAAACACAUUGAACGAGUCAAUUCCAAGCAUUCUGGGUGAUUUGCCCAAACUACACUACUUGAAUUUGAGCAACAAUAAGUUUGGACAUGCAAUUCCUGUUCACUUGGGGAAGUUGCCUCAACUUUCCCAACUAGAUUUGAGUCGCAACUCAAUCGAGGGGAAGAUACCAUCACAACUCAGCGGCAUGCAGAGUUUGGAGAUGUUGAAUUUGUCACACAAUAACCUUUCGGGUUCCAUUCCAACAAGUUUUAGAGAUAUGAGCGGCUUGUCAUAUAUUGACAUAUCUUUCAAUGAGUUGGAAGGUCCCCUUCCCAACAGCAAAGCAUUUCAAGAAGCUCUCCUGGAAGCAUUACAAGGAAACAAGGGAUUGUGCGGCAACGUUGGAGAUUUGGAACCCUGCAAUGAAGAUAGUUCAAAAAAGGGUAAUGGCCGGAAACUGGUACAUGUGAUCUCUUUCUCUCUUCUGGCAACACUGUUCCUUGUAUCUUCCUGCUUCAUAAUUGUCUUUGUAGUAUUUAGAAAAAAGAAGCAUCAGGAUGACGGAAGAAAAAACAAAAGGCAUGAAGAGAUUUCCUUUUCAGCACUCGACCUUGAUGGCAAGGCGAUGUAUGAGGAAAUCAUACAUGCAACAGAGGAUUUUGAUUCCAGAUAUUGCAUUGGGAAGGGAGGACAAGGAAGUGUCUACAAGGUGAAUUUGGCAUCUGCCAAUAUAGUAGCCGUGAAGAAACUCCAUCAGUUAUGCAAUGACGAUGAAAAACUUAAGAAGGAAUUCUUAAAUGAAGUACGUGCACUAACAGAGAUUCGACACCGAAACAUUGUGCGGCUUUAUGGUUUCUGUUCACACAGCCGACACUCAUUCUUGGUUUAUGAGUAUCUAGAAAGGGGUAGCUUGGCGACAGUGUUGAGCAAUGACGAUGAAGCUAAAGAAUUGGGGUGGAGUAAAAGGGUGAAUAUUGUUAAGGGUGUAGCUCGUGCCUUGUGUUACAUGCACAACGGUUGUUUGGAAGCAAUUGUUCAUCGGGACAUAUCAAGCAAGAACAUCUUGCUGAAUGCCGACUUCGAAGCCUGUGUUUCAGAUUUCGGCACUGCUAAGUUCUUAAACCCAAACUCAGCUAAUUGGACUGCCCUUGCAGGCACAUAUGGAUAUAUAGCACCAGAGCUUGCUUAUACAAUGGAAGUGAACGAGAAAUGCGAUGUUUAUAGCUUCGGUGUAGUAACAUUGGAAAUAAUUAUGGGAAGGCAUCCAGGAGAGCUUCUCGUACCUUUGUUAUCAGGGUCAUCAUCUUCAUCAUCAUCAUCAUCAUCAGUACCUGUCCAUCAAAUGUCUGCUGUGGAUGUUUUUGACAAACGCAUUUCCCCUCCCACAGAUGAAGUUGCAGUGGAAUUGCUCUCUCUUGUGAAGAUAGCAUUUUCAUGUUUGAAUACUAGUCCUCAGUCUCGACCAAAUAUGGAACAAGUUUAUCAACGAUUGGAAACUCAGAGGCUGCAUUUAUCAAAGCCAUUACAGAUGAUAAGUUGUGGUGAAUUGCUGACUUAAUAGUUUCACUGCCUGAUAAAUUGGAAAUAUGAGAAUGUGCUUUCCUAUACAAAAGUCACUCUCUGUGCUUUUUCUGUAGGAAAUGGAUUAUUGUGUCCUUACUGUAACUUUACUUUAUGUGCUUGUACACCAUGGCUCAUGUAUAAUAAAUCAAGAAUUUUGUUUUCUAUACUAGAACAGAAUGCACCAACAUAAACAUACAAGAAUGAGUUUGACUGAUGUACAUUUCCUUUUGGUGAUAGACAAUAAAAGGGGCAAGUGCUGCUAUGUUAUUAGA